CCUGUCACUCGACAUCUGCUGGCGAAAUGUAGAAGAUUUCAAUUAGGAUGUGACCAAAAUUUACAAUGGAUACCACAGAGCAAAUGCAAACAACUGCUGCGUCGACUUCGACGCUGACACCUUUGCAGAAUUUGUUAGCUGGGUGUCUGCUUGCUGUCGGAGGAAACCUCCUUAUCAGUGUAUCCCUGAAUCUCCAGAAAUAUGCCCACAUGAGAAAUGAGCUGCGAGUAGAUGCCAUACACUACACUAAAGAUUCUCUAUGGUGGGUAGGUGUAGUUCUGAUGGGUCUCGGUGAGAUUGGAAACUUUUCCGCCUAUGGAUUUGCGCCAGCCUCAUUAGUAGCACCUCUAGGAACAACUACUGUCAUUGCUAACCUUUUCCUUGCGGCAAUGUUCCUUAAAGAGAAGAUCCGAGCUGAAAAUCUCUUUGGUUCCGCCAUGGCUGUUAUUGGUGCUUUCCUCAUUGUCACAUUUUCAUCAAAGACAGAGACUGUACGGGGAGGUGAAGAGCUCAACACUGCUGUCACACAGGUGUCCUUCAUAGUUUAUAUUUGUUUGGAGCUUGUAUUCCUGGUUGUGUUGUUUAUGGUACUCUACUGGAUGGAAAUCAGGAAAGUUGUAGUGUACCUCCUCAUAGCCUCCAUUAUAGCUUCCUUUACUGUCAUCUGUGCCAAAGGAUUAUCAGGGAUGAUACAGCUGUCCUUCGCCGGCAUCUCCCAGUUUGGUCACCCUAUACUGUACGCCAUGGCCAUCAUCAUGAUUCUCACUGCUGUAAUACAAGUCAAAUUUCUUAAUGAAGCCAUGAAGAGCUUCGAGUCGACAGUUGUGGUCCCCACCAACUUUGUGUUUUUCACCAUCAGUGCAAUCAUAGCUGGUAUAGUAUUUUACAAGGAGUUCUGGGGACUGAAUGGACUAGAGAUCUGUAUGUUCCUGGUUGGGUGUUUGAUGUCAUUUGUGGGAGUGUAUUUCAUCACCAUGAACAGGAGCCCAGAAAGUGAGUCGGAGUCAGCAGGUGUUUUGUCUGAUACAGCUUCUGUAGACAGUAAACAGCAGGUGACGGCCAAUAUAUUUCCUGCCUGGUUGUUGGCCACUGUCAAUGUUGGUGAGGUCCAGCCAAAAGGAGGAGACAUCCAACACCUCAGUGAUAAUGACAGAGCGCCGUUUUUAUCACCUUUACCAGAGGAAAGUUCUACUUCGUUAGACACACUCUCUAGCCAUGACGAUUCUCCAGUGCGCUCCAAACCAUCCACAUCUUACGGUGCAACAGGGUGAUAGAUUAGAACAUAUUUAUGAUAAAGUAUAAAUUUGUACAAAAGAUUAUUUAUUUUGAUAUUAGCCCUGAUAUACAUUAGUAAAACCCUGUCUUUUAGCCUAACAGGCACUAGUGGAAAUCAGUACUGGAUAAUACCUGGGUCACCAGCUUUAUUGUGAUAUGUUGACAGGGAUCAGUUGUCAAUUCAUCAAUAUUUAGUUGUGAAGACAGAUGUGUUGUACUUGUUUGUUGUCUAUUUACACCAAAUAUUGUAAUGUUCUGUAUCUGCCAAAAUAUGGUAUUUGAUAAUGUUAAGUUGAUGCCCUGGAUAUUUGCUAAUAACUUUUCAUUAAGCAGGUAGAGAUAUUCAUUGAGGACAUACAAUCAUUGUUGCUUCUUGCAUUUGUAACUAACAAUAUGGAAUAGAAUAAUUUUUAUUAUUCACUUAAAAGCAUUUCUCAGAAUUAAACGUUUUUACUAGGUGUCCUGACCCAAAGGGACCUAUAUCCAUCAUGUUCCGUUCGUUGUCUUCGGUCUUCCUGUAAAUGAGCCUGGUUCGACUCCUAGGGACAGAUGGGCGGGGCCAAAAAAGGGGAACUUUGCUGAAAUUUUUUCUUAAAUCCUACUCCUUCUGAAGCCUUAGGUGGAUUUCAUCCAAAUUUGGAGUGAAACAUCAGUGGGGGAGGGCAAUCAUAUUUAAUAUAAAUUAGGUUGGUCUGAUGGCGACCCAUAGGGACAGGGCAGGGCCCAAAAAGGGGAACUUUACUGAAAUUUUGCUUUAAAACCCUACUCCUUCUUAACCCUUGGUUGGAUUACAAUCAAAUUUGGUAUGAAACAUGAUUUGGGGAAAGCAAGCAUAUUUGAUGUAAAUGAUGCUAGUCUGACCUCUCAGGACAGAGGGUGGACCCAAAAAGGGGAUCUUUGCUGAAAUUUUGCUUUACAACACUACUCCUUCUUAACUCUUUGUUGGAUUACAACCAAUUUUUGCAUAAAACAUCAUUGGGCAAAGGCGAUUAUAUCUGAUAUAAUUGAGGCUGAUGUGAUCCCUGGGGACAGAGGGAUGGGGCCUGAAACGGGAACUUUGCCGAAAUUUUGCUUUCUAUAGAAUAAUGAUUCAAUUGUUCAGUUGGCCCGCUUGUUAAAAACAAAUUUCCCUCCCCAAUUAGGAGAGAGACAGUUGAUUUAGACAAAAGUUUGAUAGAAGGUGCUGCUUGUAAUACUCAAUUUUAGGGUAUUCGUUGCUGAGGCCUGAAACUUGGUCAAAAGGUUUAUAACAGUACCUUUCUGGAGCCAGUAACCUUGUCAAAAUAAGGGCUAAUAAAAAGUUAGGGAUCCUGAUUAAUCAGACUGUCUACUUUACACAUGAUAAGUUAGGGAUCCUGAUUAAUCAGACUGUGUACUUUACACAUGAUAAGUUAGUGAUCCUGAUUAAUCAGACUGUCUACUUUACACAUGAUAAGUUAGGGAUCCUGAUUAAUCAGACUCUACUUUACACAUAAGUUAGGGAUCCUGAUUAAUCAGACUCUACUUUACACAUGAUAAGUUAGUGAUCCUGAUUAAUCAGACUGUCUACUUUACACAUGAUAAGUUAGGAUCCUGAUUAAUCAGACUCUACUUUACACAAGAUAAGUUAGGAUCCUGAUUAAUCAGACUGUCUACUUUACACAAGAUAAGUUAGGAUCCUGAUUAAUCAGACUGCCUACUUUACACAAGAUAAGUUAGUGAUCCUGAUUAAUCAGACUGUCUACUUUACACAUGAUAAGUUAGGAUCCUGAUUAAUCAGACUGCCUACUUUACACAUGAUAAGUUAGGGAUCCUGAUUAAUCAGACUGUCUACUUUACACAUGAUAAGUUAGGAUCCUGAUUAAUCAGACUGCCUACUUUACACAUGAUAAGUUAGUGAUCCUGAUUAAUCAGACUGUGUACUUUACACAUGAUAAGUUAGGGAUCCUGAUUAAUCAGACUGUCUACUUUACACAUGAUAAGUUAGGGAUCCUGAUUAAUCAGACUGUCUACUUUACACAUGAUAAGUUAGGGAUCCUGAUUAAUCAGACUGUCUACUUUACACAAGAUAAGUUAGGGAUCCUGAUUAAUCAGACUGUGUACUUUACACAUGAUAAGUUAGGAUCCUGAUUAAUCAGACUGUCUACUUUACACAUGAUAAGUUAGUGAUCCUGAUUAAUCAGACUGUCUACUUUACACAUGAUAAGUUAGUGAUCCUGAUUAAUCAGACUGUCUACUUUACACAUGAUAAGUUAGGAUCCUGAUUAAUCAGACUGUCUACUUUACACAUGAUAAGUUAGUGAUCCUGAUUAAUCAGACUGUCUACUUUACACAUGAUAAGUUAGGGAUCCUGAUUAAUCAGACUGUCUACUUUACACAUGAUAAGUUAGUGAUCCUGAUUAAUCAGACUGUCUACUUUACACAUGAUAAGUUAGGGAUCCUGAUUAAUCAGACGGUCUUCUUUACACAUGAUAAGUUAGGGAUCCUGAUUAAUCAGACUGUCUACUUUACACAUGAUAAGUUAGGGAUCCUGAUUAAUCAGACUGUCUAUUUUACACAAGAAUGUGUUUGUCUCAACUAACCAUAUUGAUUUUUGACUCUUUGAGUUUGAAGGAACAUAUCACUUUGUUAUAUAUUUGACCAUUCAGAUUAAUUGGAAAAUGCUGCUUAAGUUAUGAAAUUAUUAAAUGUCCAGGGCCAACUGAAGGUUGUGUGUUAGAUAUUUAGAGGAGUUGAAUAUCAUUGUCUGUGUGAUACUUUAUCACUGUAAGUUGUAAUUAUUUUUGAGAUUAUUGUUUACUCUGGUGUAGUAUACCAAAGAUAUAUAUAGUCUAUAUAUAUACAACGGUUUAUAUGUGAUGUAUAUAUAUAUAUAGUCUAUGUAA